UCACCCUCGUUCAAACACUCUCAUUAACACUCCCCCACGGCCCACCCUCUCUCUCUCUCUCUCUCUCUCUCUCUCUCUCUCUCUCUCUCUCUUCCAACUGCACUCACUUUCUCUCUCCUCCUCCAUUAACAAUGUUCACAAGAGACUACGACGUCAUCGAGGAGAUCGGAAGAGGACGAUUCGGCGUCGUUUUCAAGUGUAAAUCCCGAUCAACUGGAGAAAUCUUCGCCGUGAAAUCAGUCGACAAAUCGUUAGUUUCCGGCGAUGCAACCGAUAAACAAUCCCUCAUCGACGAACCCAAAGCUCUCCUUCUUCUUUCUCUCUCCUCCACCUCAUCAUCAUACGUUACACGCCUUCACUCUACCUAUGAUACCCCCUCUCACCUCCAUCUCGUUCUCGAUUACUCCCCUUUUCCUUCUUUAUACGACGUCGUUUCUCUCCGCCACCGUAUCCCCGAGCCUGAAUCUAAGUCCAUUGGAUUCUCUCUCCUUCAGGCUGUCCUACAUUGCCAUCAAAACGGCGUCGUUCACCGCGAUAUCAAGCCGGAUAAUAUCAUGUUCGAUCCGGUUAAUAAACGGGUCAAAUUGUGCGAUUUCGGGUCGGCUGGGUUUGUUAACGAAGGUGGAGCGACAAUGAGUGAGGUUGUGGGGACGCCGUAUUACGUGGCGCCGGAGAUUCUAGAAGGGAAGGAGUACUGUGAGAAGGUGGAUGUUUGGAGUGCGGGUGUCGUUUUAUAUAUUACUCUUGCAGGGUUUCCGCCGUUUUGUGGAGAGAGAGUGGAAGAGAUUUUUGAUAAAGUAUUGAAGGGUAAUUUGAGGUUUCCUUUCAGGGUUUUUGGGAAUUUCUCACCUUCUGUUAAAGAUCUUUUGAGAAAGAUGAUCUGUAAAGACGUUUCCAGAAGACUCUCCGCUCAAGAAGCUCUCCGACACCCUUGGUUCACGGAAAGUCCGCAAGUGGAGGGGGCAACCUACGACAGUGACCUGAAUCUUUAUAAUUAGAAGAUCGAAGAAACAUUUGAGUUGUAAAUACAGUACGGAAUGAAUAUGAUAGUAACAAACUAACAAAGCCAAGUAAUAAGAGUAUUAUUUUCUGUUUUUGGCUUUGUGUGGAAGUAAUGUAAAUGAAGUAAGGUGUGGUGAUGGUGGAGUAUUAGUUAGUAUAUAAUAUAGUAAGGAGUAGUAUGAAUGAAGGUUCGAGGAUCGUAAGCCCCGUUUUCCUUUAACUAAUUGUGUGGCUUUUUCUCGGGUUUGUUCUUUAGUGUGUGUUCUGUGAAAGGCUUAAAAGCAUGAGCAAUUCAGCAGUUCACAUCGGAAUAUAUUGUACAUAUUACUAAUGUCAAAUACUUUGCUUUCUUAUA